UGCAUCCCAUCCCUGCAUCCCAUCCCUGCGUGGGCUCAGGGCCGAAUUCGGGAGCCGACCGAAGCUUUGGGAGCCUCCCCGGCCGCAGCACCGGACCCCCCCGCAGCCACCCAGGGAGGAGCAGAGCGACUAGGGGGGCUUUGUCAGGGCUGGGGGGUGAUGGUGCCCCUUGGCAGCCCUCUCAGCGUCUGUGCCUCCAGCAACCUGCGCCUCGUGGCCCCCAGCCGCGGCUCCCCCCUGGCCUGGCUGAACCGCAGCCCCGAAUGCCCACGGGAGCCGGGGAGCGGUGGUGGGGGCCGGGUGCCCAGCGCUGUGGAGCGGUUGGAGGCCGACAAAGCUAAAUAUGUCAAAUCCCAGCAGGUCAUCAACAGCCGGCAGGAGCCUGCACUCCGGGGCUGCUCACCCCGGCUCUCCCCCCGCAGCCGGCGCUUCCUCACCCGCCAGCAGUGUAAUGAAUUGUGUCAGGGCUCAGAGCUGGGCCGGGAGGGCCCCCGGAAGCUGCCGUGCCCCCAGUCCCCCAUGUUGCGCCGGGCUGGCAGCAGGCGCCUGCUGAGACCCGACUCACUCAUCAUCUACCGGCAGAAACGGGACUGCGUGGGGGCAGACAAGGAGAACACCAAGGGCUCCGGGCUGGUGCGACGCCUCUUCCAGGGACCCCUGAGAGACAAGCCCCCCAGCUCCCCCCCAGCCAGGGGGCUGGGCAAGGUGUCACCAGCCCCCCAGAGCCCCGAGACCCCCAUGCUGUGGGUCCCUGCAGAGAAGGAGGACGUGAGGAUGCUGGGUGCCAGCAGCGGCAGUGGCAGUGGUGGCAUCUUCCCUCUGCCCAGCAGCCCGGUGGCACAGCCCCCCCAGCCCCCCAGCAAGCAGGCGCUGGCUCUGCGCGUCUCCCUGCCGCUCUCGGAGCAGGAGCAGUUCUUCAACUACUGCGGGCUGGACCGGGCGCUGGUGGAGCUGCUGGGGCGGGAGCGGUUCGGGCCGGCGGGCUGGGACAAUGCCUCGGCUCAGCUACCUGGAUCCUGUGAGUCGGAACCUGGGCAGGCCUCGGAGGGCAGCGAGGGGGACACGGGACCAGCCGAGGAGGAACCAGACACCCGGCUGGGCUCUGCCAUCUCGGUGGUGGAGCGCAACGCCCGCGUCAUCAAGUGGCUCUAUGGCUGCCAGAGAGCCUGGGCGGCCGCCAAGGAGUCCACUGUCUGAGCGGAAGCAGCCCGGCUGGGGACAAGGACACCCCUGUGGGUCCCGGUGGCUGAACGUGGCCUCUUGCCUUCCCUGGAUGUGGCCAAUGGACUGGUGGCAUCCCUGGUCCCAGCACCAUGGAGCUGCUGCUGGCUGGGAGGGCCACCAGGUCUACCCCCCCCCGAGCCACCAGGUCUACCCUGGACCCGGGGCUGAGGGCAGUGGGGGCACCUGAGGGGCAGGCAGGGAAGGGUCACCCUAGGGUGAGUCCCUGGUCCCGGGGUCUAGCAGGCUUCUGUCCCCCCCAUUGCAGCCCCUCUUCUCGAUCCUCCCUGUCUCCAGCCCAGGGUGGUGGGACAGGGCUGCA